AUGGACCCUUCAUACUCAUAUUCGCAAUGGUCCGAUUAUAAUAAUGCUUACUAUACCACGGACCCUUCUAUAAUCAGCCCAAGUUCAACAUCAUCAUCCUCUCCUACCAUCUCCAACCUUCAACACCACGGUGCUCAGUACGCUCAAUACUCCUACCCAACCGAAUCCGCUUCCUCACCCGGCACGGUCUCCGGUCCUGACAGCGUCGUCGGCGAGACCAACACAUCAUCCUCCUCGAAGUCCGACCGGGUCUACUCAACUAGCGCCAAGCGCCGCGCCCAGAACCGCCUCGCCCAACGCGCCUUUCGCGAGCGCAAGGAGAAAUACGCCCGCGAUCUCGAGCACGAGUACGCGUCGCUGAUGAACAAGUAUUCCAACUUGGAGAUUCAGUACGCAGAGCUGGAUACCAACUGCCAGAAACUAAGGCAGGCGGUCGAAGUGCUGAUGUCGCAGGAGGAGGGAUCGAAUGGCACGGACCCGAGGUUAAAACGGCUGGUGGACGUGUUGUCGCAGGUUUAG